AUGUACACCCUCGCAAGCCUCGCCACUCUCGCCUUUCUCGGGCUUGCCAACGCCCAGUCCAACAUUGGCUUCGGUCCUGCGUUCUCCCUCGGUCCUACCCAGUCAUGGAUCCGUGAAGCAAACACCACUCUUGUGCUUCCCGAAGUCCCUAGCAAGGAAGCUGAUCGACUUGCUCUCUGGCCUGGAAUGGGAACCAGCGGUGGUGAUUUGAUUCAGGCUCUUGCUGUUUCUUUCUCUGACCCGAACGCGAACUGCGGCGCUAGCAGCGGACAGUGGUGUACAUGGGCAAGCACCCUUCAGGGUAAGAAACUCGGACGAUUGACAAGUUGGACAAGCAGUGCUAACCAAACAACAGAGCAGCAGCUCGGCGGCAAAGAGGUCCCUGCCAACCCUGGUGAUGAGCUUGUCAUGCACUACGAAUACAACGAUGAGACCGACAAAUAUGAUCAGACCGUCUCCAUCAACGGAGAGGUCGUCUCAAGCCUGUCGACUAGCUCCGGUCAGGCCCAAGGCUGGGGUACGGCUGUCGAAUGCCAGGACGACGCCUGCGAGAACACCCGCGUUGCUGCGCACCAAUACAAGUCGACCACCAUCGUCCUCGACUCCGCUGACUCUUCGUUCAAAGAUACUCUUGUCCUCACCGAGGCCGACUCGUCGGACUUUACUACUAGUGACAACGGCAAGACUUGGACUGUGGAGACUAUUAACAUCCAUGCGCACACUUACAACCUUUAG